UAGUGACCAGAUCGGAGUGUGCUGUAUGCAGGCACAGUGGAAGCCGAAGUGGGCAUGGAGGUGUCUGUUGACCAGGAAUUUUCUCCGGACCUCAGUGACAACACUUCCAAGGCCUACAGAGAUUUCAACAAGACCUUCCAGGAUCAGAUGAUGAAGAUUUACAAAGGCGUGCAGGGAUUCAGGGCUGUGAAAAUCCUCUCCUUGAGGAGUGGCAGCAUCGUGGUGGAUUAUCUGGUCCUACUGGAGCUGUCCUUCAGCCCGAAGUUGGAGAGCCAGUAUGAAAAGGUGAAGACGGUCCUGAAGGAGGAGCUCCAAAGUGUCAUUCAGGAUGGGGACAGCUGCCAGCAUAACCAGACCCUGUGCUUUAAGCCUAACUCCGUCAAAGUGAAUGAGAACAUCAGGACAGAGCUGACCCCGAAAGCCAUCUGUAGCAGAGCGGCUGCCAAGGGCUAUGAGGAAUUCUACUUCCCCCUGGUGGAGCAGAAUCGGCUCCGUUGCGUCACCAACUGUACGCCCGGCUUGGACGGUGCCAUCAACUGUGGACAGGGCCAAUGCCUUCUGGAGAGGAGCGGUCCAGUGUGCAGAUGUUUCUCCACUGACACUCAUUGGUUCUCGGGGUCGCGUUGCGAGAUGGCCAUCCACUGGAGGGCGCUGGUCGGGGGCCUGGCGGGGGGCGCCGGGGUGCUGCUGCUGCUGCUGGGGCUGCUGAGCGUCUGGCUGGUGCGCUCCCGGGGAAAGGACCGCCAGCGCCGAGGACAGUCCUGGGACGACGACAGGCAAUGGUUUGAGAUCUGGGAUGAAGACACCGUGGGGACUUUUUCCAACAUUGGCUUCGAGGACGACAGAAUAGUCAAUGACGAAAGCUUCCACGUGGCCUUGGAUAAUGUGGACACCAGCACGAAGCGAUCUCUGAGCCUGAAGCCCUCGGACCUCCUUUGCCAGGAAGAUCAAGUUUGGGGAUGGGGAGUUGUGGAAUCUCCAGUUCCCCAAGUGAACACAAUAUAGCAUUUAUUAUCAAAGAAA